UUUAUCCGAGAGUUGAGAGAUAAAGAUCGCCGGCGUUUCGAAGAGGAGGAGAGAGAGAGAGAGAGAAUGGCGGAGAUGAAGUGUGUGGGAGUAGUUGGUGCAGGACAGAUGGGCUCAGGAAUCGCGCAACUAGCCGCCACAAACGGUCUCGAAGUUUGGCUUAUGGACGCUGAUCGUGAUGCGCUCACUCGAGCCACCGCAGCUAUAUCCUCCUCCGUGAAACGUUUCGUCUCCAAAGGUCUAAUCUCCAAGGAAGCUGGUGAUGAUGCUAUGCGUCGUCUACAUUUAACAUCCGAUAUUCAAGAUUUGUCUUCUGCUGAUAUAAUCGUUGAAGCCAUUGUGGAAUCUGAAGACAUUAAGAAGAAGUUGUUCAAGGAUCUAGAUGGUUUAGCUAAGAGUUCUGCAAUUUUAGCUUCUAAUACAAGUUCUAUCUCCAUUACUCGCCUUGCAUCCGCAACUAAAAGACCUAGCCAGGUCAUUGGAAUGCACUUUAUGAACCCUCCUCCUAUAAUGAAACUGGUUGAGAUCAUUCGCAGUGCGGAUACCUCAGAAGAGACGUUUAUUGCUACAAAAUCCCUGGCUGAAAGGUUUGGCAAGACAACAGUUUGCUCACAAGACUACGCAGGAUUCGUCGUCAACCGUAUCCUCAUGCCCAUGAUCAACGAAGCUUUCUACACACUUUACACAGGUGUGGCUACAAAGGAAGACAUUGACAACGGAAUGAAACACGGCACAAACCACCCUAUGGGUCCCCUGGAAUUAGCGGACUUAAUCGGUUUAGACGUGUGCUUGUCUGUGAUGAAAGUUCUACAUCAGGGACUUGGAGACAUAAAGUACGCACCUUGUCCUCUACUUGUUCAAUACGUUGACGCUGGAAGGUUAGGUAGAAAACGAGGAAUGGGAGUUUAUGAUUACCGUAAAGCUACACAAAAGCCAUCUCCUCGGCUCUGAGAAAGCAAGUCAACCCAAAAAAAAUAAGAACAGUAAAUGCUUUGUGGGCUAGUGUCUUUUUUCUUUCUUUGUUUCUUGGUAGAUAUGAAGUCACCGGUCAGCAUAAGUGACCUUGUGUUGUAAUCUUAAUAUGUACUUCAAAGUGCAGCUUAAACUAAUUAAUAUAAAGAGUUGUUAUCA